AACCACUUCGUUCGUAGAUCAAUAACUGACAUCUUCUAGCAGAUAUAUACAUAAAGCAAACAUACUGCAUUGAGUGUGUCAGGAAGCAGCUUGCUCAAGAAGACCGGACCACACUGAACUCUGCCAUGCUUACAGAAAAUGUACUGGCACCUCUCAUUCAACGUCCUGGACUACUUGCAGCACAUGAUGUAUCAUGGCGAUGCUGAAGAAGAAAGCAUCACAGCAGGCUGUGCAUAGCGGCGCUCUGGUCGUCCUAGUAUUUUAUACUGUAUUCUCUCCUGCCAGUUGCGCUGUUUUAAAAACGGAUCAUGUGUUUUUUUUCCUUUCUCACCAAAAUGAAACUGCCCUGAAUUCAGAGAUUUAGUUCUGGAAAAAAUUAGAUCCUUUGAAUAAUUACUUAGGAUAUAUUUAUUUUAAAUAGACUAUGCCGUUUUUAUCUCUAAUUUGGCCUCGGACUGAAGAUACCGCUAUUUUUUACUACAAUUUUAGGCGAUGAUAUAGCAAGGAUAAUCUAAUAUACGAUUAGAAAAUAACGUCCAUCUCUUCUCUGAAGUGAGGAGGGAAAUGCCAGUCUUGCAUUAACGAGCACUUUGAAAUUUCUUCUAUAAGGAUGUUACCAAAGUUCUGCGGCAGAGGAACCUUUGUUAUUGCCCUCAUAUGGUCUUUAACCUGCGUGUUUUUAUUUUGUGAAUUUCUGAUUUACUAUUCGGCUAUAUUUCAAUGUGUUUGGCCCGACACAGUGCCACAGUCUAACAAGGGAAGAGAGAGUUCAGCUCCGGUUCUCAGAGCUCUUUUUUUAGCCGACACUCAUCUCCUCGGUGCCAUCAGGGGACACUGGUUUGAUAAACUCCGACGGGAAUGGCAGAUGGAAAGAGCAUUCCAGACCGCCAUGUGGCUCCUGCGGCCGGAGAUAGUUUUUAUUCUUGGAGAUGUCUUUGAUGAAGGAAAAUGGAGUUCACCAAAGAAUUGGGAAGAUGAUGUGAGACGCUUUCGUCAGAUGUUCAGACAUCCAAACGAUACCGAGCUGGUCGUACUCGUUGGCAACCAUGAUAUCGGCUUUCAUUAUGAAAUGAAUUUGUUCAAGUUGCAGAGGUUUGAGAAAGUCUUCAACGUCACCUCUGCAAGAGUUGUGACAAAGAAAGGUGUCAAUUUUGUCUUGGUGAACAGUGUAGCCCUUCAUGGAGAUGGUUGCUAUAUUUGCCAGAUGGUGGAGAAGGAACUCAUUAAAAUCUCUCAUGCACUUAACUGCUCUAUACAGUCAAAUCCGAUGAACGAACGUUGCCUUGGUUUGGAAAACUUUCCUUCAACACGUCCCAUUCUUCUUCAGCAAUGGGACCUAUUAUCCCCACAGCUCAGGAGAACUGACGGUCAAUGGACAUCCUCUGAUCCCACUAUCAAGCCAGUCGCCUCUUUUACACCCAGGAACUCGAGAGCAUAUCAUUAUCCCCUUUAUCGAGUGAGUGAUGCUGAAUGUACUGGCGAAGAUGCAGCUGCUCCUGAGGAGAAGAACCUGGUGUUCAAAGAGCAGUAUGAUGUGCUUUCCCAGGAGGCUUCACGAAAGUUGCUGUGGUGGUUUCGUCCCAGGUUGAUACUGAGUGGCCACACCCACAGUGCCUGUGAAGUGCUCCACAGAGAAACGUUUCUCGAGGUCAGCGUCCCGUCGUUUAGUUGGAGGAAUCGCAACAACCCCAGCUUCAUUCUGGGCAGCAUAUCGUCGUUAAACUUCACCCUCUCCAAGUGUUUUCUGCCACGAGAGAGCACUGUCAUUUCCAUCUACUGCUUUGCUAGCGCUCUGUUGAUCAUCUUGACGUUAUUUUACUUCCAGCUCUUGAAAGGAAUGCUUCACUGUGUAAGUUGCCUGGUUAGCAAGCACAAGUCUCUGUGAUUCACAACUUGAUCCUCAAAAACAGACCACAAUUGUGUGGCUUGUAUCAAAAGCACAAACCUUUGAAAUUAAAUUAAAAUAUUAUGUGUUUUAAUGGUACUGUUGCACAAAUGUAAAAAAUAAAAUGUUAAGAACAAAUUCUUCUUCCUGUUGUACCUUACUGUGUGUUAGCACUUCUCUCAUACCCCAUUAACAGCUACAUGUCAUGUUUAAGAAAAACGUAACAUAAUAUUACUGUCGCAUACUACUAGAUAUGGACUAAUUGGAUUGUGGGAACCUCAAUGUGCACAAAAUUACAAUAAUAAUGAAUAAUCCAAGUACCAUUAAAAUUAAGCGGUUGAAGUAAUGUAGGCUAACACUUAUCCGGGUUUCUGUUAUUGCAACUGUAAUUUUAAACAUUGUACAAAUUGUACAGGUUAUCUUGGACACAUGAAAAUGAUAUACUCACAGACAUAUAACACCUAUGUAUAAAAUAUAAAGCAGUGUAAUAGUUACUAAAAAGGACAGGCCUUAUUGCUAAAGCAAUUUUUGCUUUUCUUUCUUCUUUAAAAUCGCACUGUACCACAACUUGUUCUGAGAAACUUAAUUUGCAUAAAUUAUUCAAGUCUGAGAAAUAGUCACAUAUCUCAAUUCUACAUUUAAAAUAAAACAAACUUUUCUAAUGUGACUCUUUAUUAAAAGAGAAAUAAAAGUAUAAUUUUGUAAUUCUCUUAGGUCAGACACAAGGGUUUACACCUUAUUUUUUUUCUCUUACUAUUUACUUGCACAAUAAAAGCUGCCUACUUAAUGGUGCUCACAUUCACAAUAUGCCUAUGCAAUUGUGAAGGUCUAUGAAUGACCAAAGAAUUACCAAACUCUGUGUGUGUGUGUGUGUGUGUGUGUGUGUGUGUGUGUGUAUAUAUAUAUAUGCAUGCCUUG